GGAAGAAAGAAGCAUAAUUUUUUCAUUACACGUGUCAGUUACAAAUUUGUUGAAAUUGAAGUAAUAAAAUAAAUUAAUUUUCUAAUAUCCUUACUUUUUAAUUUGUGCAAUAUUUAUGUUGAACAAUUCAACCACAUCAAUAAAUAUCAAUUAAAUUUUGAUAUAUUAUAAUAUUAGAAAACUUGAUACAAAUUAACAGUAGUUUAUACUGAAGGGAAACUUUAUUUCCAUACUUCUUUCAUUGCUGACUCAUCACAAAACUAGAAGUAAAAAAAUGUUAAUAUUACAAUUUUUAAGUUUAUUUACAUUUUUUUGCAUUUCCAACACCGAACGAAUAGUAAACUGGAAUUCAGAGGAAAUUGAAAGAACAGUAAGGCCAAUUGUUCGAAAAUUUGACGAUUCAUGGAAAGUCCACACGAGCAAAGAAGAAUUUUAUCAUCACAAAAGUCACUUUGGAAUAAUAAUUAAGAAUGGAACAACUUUUUCUCUAACAACUAAAGAAUUAAAAAAUCUUUCAAAUUUUUACUUUUUCUGUAUUGCUACAAAUUAUGAAGACGUUAAGAAAAUAAAAUUUGAAGAGCAUAGUAAGAUUACAAAUGUUUUGACAACGACAUCUGAUUGUGUGCCAAUGAUGUCUGUAUCGUACAACAUUGAUGUGGAAGUAAAAUUAACAACUAAUAAUUGGAUCGAUUUACCUGUUUUCGAUUCUAGAAAUAUGACGUAUCUUAUGGCAGAGAAUGCUGAAAAGGAGUUUUACAAAAAAGUAGAAAUUUACGGUUUCGUUGAGAAUUAUUACGUACAAGUCCUGCUGUCUGCAAAUGAUAUCAGAGAACUACAGUUUAAAGAUUACAGUCUGUUUGUUGGUUUACAGAAUCAAGUGGAUGUGAUAAAAUACUACAAUUAUUUGACAAGUGCCAGUCGAUAUGUAAAUAAAAAUGAUUCAUACGCAUAUGCUUUGGUUGAGAAACACAAAAUUUUCAGUCAUACCAACGAAGGUUUCGCAGGAGGACAUUUUGAUUUCAACAGCAUAAGAUUCACAUCUGUAGCAGAUACAUUUUUAGAUCCUACUCGAGGACUUCAGUGGAGCUUAUUACACGAAAUGGCUCAUUAUUAUGAUAUUAAAAGUAAUGUUAUUGGUAUUGGAUACACCUUCGAAUCGUGGACAAAUAUUUAUUGUGCUUUCUAUCAACACAAAUUUUCCUCUAUGGAUUAUUGGGUUAAGUACGAAGAUCAAGAGAACAACACGCUUCUAUCGAAUUAUCGCAAUGGAAUUACUAUCGAGAAUAAAAAAUGGGAUUAUAAGGAAAAAGUACACUUCUACUUGACAUUGUUCGCAUAUGAUGGUACUGACAAAUCUUUCAGAGAAUUUAAUAUUCGAUAUUUUUCUGAAAAUAAUACAGAAAAAGAAAAUGUAUUACAAAUACUUUCAGAAGUGUUUUUCGAUUUGUAUGACAUAAACAUAUUUCCAUUUUUGAAGAAAGUUAUCAACACUAAAACAAAUCCUUUCAUACCGUAUAUUUUAGAAUUACAACUCUUGACCGGUCGUGCUGUAAUGCCGGCUAUUGAUUUCGGCCUAAAACCAACCGAAAUGAAACUUAAGAGCAGGGAAAGAGAUUGGAGACCAUAUUUACCUUUAAUGCUGAUUACAAAAAUGAUAGAAAAGUAUGUUGAGGUGACAUUUACUAUUGAAUCCCAAAUAGAUCCUACUGGUGCUUGUCUGUAUUUGAAUAACAUUUGUCACAAAAUUUCUGGAAAUCGUAUGACUAUAAAAUUAUUAUCAGACGUUUACUCUACUUAUAUUUUAUUUGAGAAAAACCAAAAAACGUAUGUUAGUGAUAUAGAAUACCACACCAUAUCGAAAGAUACAAAUUUUCCUGUCAAAGUAAACGAUUUGCAAAAAGCGGCAGCAAGUUUAUCUCUAAUAGAAAAUUUCUUUAUUAUUGAAGGUUUAGGAUCGAUGAGAUUUAUGACAAUAUCAAUAAAUUAUAAAGACAUGAGUAUAUCAAUACAACAAACCAACACAAACAUUCACCAUUAUUUUCCAAAUAAAUUAUAUUUUGCAAUAGGUUUAAAAAGAAAUAAUUCCGUUGUCUUUAUAUACAAAUUUUUGGGUUCACCAGAGAGAAAUGAAGCUCUAGUACGUGAACAUAAAUUCGAGAUCAAUGAUAAAAUUUACAUUUUCCAUGCAGAACCACACCGCCUGAAGUUCAAUUUGAAGGGAUACAAUAAUUUCAAACGUAUGAAUACUUUUCUCUUGACAAGUGCUGGUUUACACAAUGUAGCUGACAGGAAGCAAAAAAUAAUUCCAUUGCAAGUUAAAAAAGUUAAUGAUUUUUAUUUGAAGUACAAUCGGGAUUUAAGGAAAAAUGCAUAUUUUCAAGCAAUAUUACUUGACUACAUGAAUGUUUUACGAUCUAAUGGUUUGGAAGAAAAUAUACCGCAAAAUUGGAUUACACCAUCAGGAAACUAAGAUAUCUUUGUGGUAAUUUUCUGCUAUUGCUGCGGGAUUGAUUUUUAAUAUUUUAAAUCUUGAAUUUGUAUACGUAAUAAAUGUAGAAUCUGGGACUAGUGAUGCUCAUGAUCGAAUGUAUGCGAAAUGAACAGCUAUAAUAAAUCCUCCAAGCUAUAAUCCUCUUUUUUCUAAAUUCAACAUUUUAUAUUGAGUUCAUUAUAUAAUCACCUGUUUGAAUUUUUUUUUAUUAUCAAGCAAAACAU